ACCCCUCCCCGCGCAGGCGCACCACAACCCGCCCCCGCAAACGGGCACAAACCGCCACAACAGGCACACCCCCGCGCGCAGGCGCAGCACACCCCUCGCGCAGGCGCACCACGGACACACCCACGCUCGGGUUGGCGCCUGCGGGCUUCGGUACCGGCGUCUCCAUGGCGACCGCGUUGUCUGGGUGGCCUCCAUUGUUGGGCUGCAGCUCUCGGCGGCGUGACUCGCCAGCGCUCCAGUGGGCCGGGGAGCGGCAGGUGACUCCAGACCAAGGAGGAUGAGCUGCUGUCCCUGGAAGAGAACGGAUGGAGGGAAGCGGCUCCUACACAGUUCCCUCUGUGGCUGCUGCUGAUCUGGAGGAGGGUGCUGGUCAGACUAGGAGCUUGCCUGCCACCCCAUCCAAAGAUGUUCACAAGUGUGUUGGAGGCAUCAUCUUUUCCUCCUCACCGAUUUUAGACUUGAGUGAAAGUGGUCUGUGCCAUUUGGAGGAGGUCUUUAGAAUCCCCAGCCUUCAACAAUUGCAUCUGCAAAGGAACUCCCUGUGUGUGAUUCCUCAAGAUUUCUUUCAGUUGCUGCCGAACCUGACUUGGCUGGACCUCCGGUACAACAAAAUUAAGGUGCUUCCUUCCGGGAUCGGAGCCCACAGGCAUUUGAAAACUCUGCUUUUAGAAAAAAAUCCUAUCAAAAUGUUACCUGUGGAGCUGGGGAGUGUAACCACACUGAAAGCACUGAACUUAAGACACUGCCCUCUGGAAUUCCCUCCGCAGCUCAUUGUGCAGAAGGGAUUGGUGGCUAUCCAGCACUUCCUGCGGAUGUGGGCAGUAGAACACUCUCUCCCCAGAAACCCAGCUUCUCAAGAGGCUCCACCGGUUAAAGAGAUGACCCUCCAUGACCUCCCGAGCCCAGGAUUGGAGUUGUCCGGAGAUCACGCAUCUAACGAAGGAGCUGUGAACGCUCAGGGCCCAGAGAGGGCUGUGAUGAAAGAGAAGGCCGGCUUUCUCCCGCCUGUGGAAAAGCCAGACCUGAGUGAGCUCAGGAAGUCUGCUGACUCCUCAGAGCAGUGGCCCAGCGAGGAGGAGAUCAGGCGCUUUUGGAAGCUGAGGCAGGAGAUUGUUGAGCACGUGAAGGCAGACACUCUGGGAAAUCAGCUCUUACCGAGGGAAUUACCUCCAAAUCUCAAGGCGGCCUUGAACAGCGAGAAAGAACUGCCAAAGCCAAGACACGUUUUCAGAAGGAACAUGGCCUCCUCCAGGGACAUCUUACCCGACCUCUUGUCACCGUACCAAAUGGCGAUCCGAGCAAAAAGACUGGAAGAGAGCCGAGCGGCGGCACUCCGAGAGCUCCGGGAGAAGCAGGCUCUGAUGGAGCAGCAGAGACGAGAGAAAAGGGCACUGCAGGAGUGGAGAGAGCGAGCCCAGAGGAUGAGGAAGAGGAAGGAAGAGCUCAGCAAACUCCUGCCUCCGCGGAGGAGCAUGGUGGCAUCAAAGAUUUCCUCUGCCACAGAUCUGAUAGAUAACGGGAAAGUGCUACUGAAUCCACUUAGAAAAAUGAAACCAAGCAAAAAGAAAUCGCCACGAGCAAGUCAAGAAAUGAGUACCCUCCAGGAGGGAGAUUUAGAAGAGAAGAUAAAACAGCACAUCCACCAAAUGCAUGAGCGAAGAUUCCAUGGCCCAGCCCCGCUGGAGGAGAUGAGGAAGGCUGCCGAGGAUCUGGAAAUUCGCAAUACCAUAAACCUUGAAGAGCACUUCGGGGCCCAUGGAGCACCACCAGUCACGCCAAAGAGCUCCUGAGAAGCAGAGAAAAGUCACGACAUUUCAAGAAAAAAUUGAGUUUCUUGAUAUGUUCCUAAGAUUGAGGUUUACAGCUGCGGUUGCCUACCAAUUCAAGAUAAAUGAAUCCAGCGUAAGGACUGUAGUAAAAAAAGGAAAUUUGUGAGCAGGCAGAAAAGCCUUAACACUUUCUGUGAAAUACCUUUUUAUCUUGUAUUGGGAAUGCAGCUUUUAUGUGGGUGCAGGGUUGCUGUGUGUGAUGGUUCAUAUUAAGUGUCAACUUGAUUCGAUUGAAGAAUGCAAAGUAUUGUUUCUAGGUGUUUCCAGAAGGGAUUAACAUUUGAGUUACUGGACUAGGAGAAGACUCACCGCAGUGUGGGUGGACACCAUCCGAUCGGCUGCCAGCAUGGCUGGAAAAAGCAGGCAGAAGAAGGUGGCUGAAGCUGACUGGCUAAGUCUUCUGGCCUUCAUCCUUCUCCCGUGCUGGAUGCCUCCUGCCCUUGAACAUUGGAUGCCAAGUUCUUUGGCUUCUGGAGUCUUGGACCUACACUGGCGUUUUGCCAGGAGCUCUCGGCCUUCGGCCACAGACUGAAGGCUGCAGUGUUGGCUUCCCUCCUUCAGAGGUUUGGGGACUCAGACUGAGCUACUACUGGCUUCCUUGCCCCUCCGUUUGCAGACAGCCUGUUGUGGGACUUCACCCUGUGAUCCUCUGCAUCAGUUCUCCUUAAUAAACUCCCUUUCGUGUAUGUAUAUAUCGUAUUGUGUCCUUCUAGAGAACCCUUACUGAUACACUAUGAGAAAGGUAUACCUAUAGACUCCUCAAACAAAAGGAAGGGGAAGGAGCUGAAGCUGGAGGAUCUAAUCCCAGCAAAGGAUGGUUUGACAACUUUAGAAAGAGGCUUGGCUGGAAAAAUACCAAGAUAACGGAGAAGCAGCUUCUGUCGGCCAAGGGGCGGCAGACAAGUUCCUGGAUACAGAUACCAUGAAGAAAGUCACUGAGGAGAAAGAGGAUAAAGGAUGUCUGCCUGAACAGGUUUUUAAUGCAGACCUAAGUCCCCUAUUCUUGAAAAAAAAAAUGCCACAGGCAUGAAUGAGGAAGACAAGCAAGUACCAGAAUUUAGGGCAGGAGGGGAGAGGCCAGCUCUGCUGUUCUGUGCAAAUGCAGCCAGAUUAUGAUCAGGAUGCCCUUAUCCAGAAAGCUGCUAACCCCCGAGCUUGAAGGGAAAAGAGAACACCAGCUGCUCCUUGGUCGUACAAGAAGGCUGGACAAGAACCUCUUUUCUGGGUUGAUUCCAUCAAUGCUUUGUCCCUGAAAUCAGGAAGUACUUUGCUGCUUAUAAAUGACUGCCUUUUAAAGCUCUGGUAUCGGACAAUGCCUGUUGGCCACCCAGAACCCCAUGAUUCAACAAUGAAGGUGUCAAAGGAGCCCACUUGCCCCCAAACACGUCUCCAAUGCAGCCUCUGGCCCAGAGGCCAUAGGGACCUUGAAGCCUCAUUGUAUGCGGCACUGUGUGGACAGGAGUGUAGUGCUGGCAAAGAGAACUUCAGAGAACACCAUGAAAGGCUGAGGGAUCACACACUGGACUUGCCGUCAUGGUUGGAGGAAAGGCUGGGAAAGCCACGAAGCCUGAAAGGGCACGUUCUUGCUGGGGAAAACCGUGUCCAGAUGUUGUGUACAACUUCGCAGCACUGGUGACAGCCCAUCCCGGAAGUGAUGGAAAAGGAGUGGAAUCCUGUCUCUUGUCACCACCUGGUGGAACGGAGGUCAUUAUGGUACAUGAAGUAAGUCAGGCACAGGAAAACAAGCAUCACUUGUUCUCACUUGUGGGGGCUAAAAAAGUGGAUCUCAUGAAGAUAGAGAGCAGACUGGUGGUGACCAGAGGCCAGGAAGUGGGAAGUAGGGGUGCAGGGGGUGAGUGGAAAUGCACAGUGAGAUGGAGGAAAUAAGACGUGGCGUUCGAUACGUCAAUAGGGCGACUACCUCACGUUAGUCAAUUGCACAUUUCCACAUAGCUAGAAGAGAAUCCUUCAAGGUUCCCAGCAGAAAGAGCAGAAAUAUUCAGGGUGAUGGGCACCCCCGUUACCCUUACUUGAUCUUCAGACGUUAUACGAGUAUAUCAUAUUAUCGCAUGUACCCCCAAAAUAUGUACAUUUAUUAUAUAGCAAUUGAAGAAACUGUGGAGAGAGCAAAACAGAUGAGGGCGAAGAGUUUCCAGAUACAGGUCUUGGAGAAAUGGAGGAGCUAAUAGACGCUGCACCAGAGCAACAAACAGAAGAGGCCGAGGGAGACGAGUGCUUCCAAACCGGGCGAUGAGGAGGAAGACAGAGAGGAAGCAGUGCCGGGAAAGAAGCUGACCCGGGGCCCUGGCAGCAGCAUUCCCGCCAUUCAAUCUGUCUCUGCCCUCUUUCGGGACAUGGGCCCGUCUGUGAUGCAGGCGGGGAGACUGAAGCGAGCUCGGGAAGGCGGACGGGGACCGCACAGAAAGUUUAGAGAAAUGAAAGAGCAAAGUCAGACAGAAGUUACGUGCAUUUCUGUCAAGUCACCCAGAGUGUGCCUGCCUCUCCUGCCUCCCCUGCCUCCUCCCCAGCCGCUGCCUCUGCCACCCCUGAGACUGCAGGACCAGCUCCUCCCUCUCAGUCUACUCAACCUGAGAAGGACGAGGACAAAGGCCUUUCUGAGGAUCCACGUCCACUUAAUUCGUAGUAAAUAGAUUUUCUCUUCCUGAUGAUUUUCUUACCAUUCUCGUUUGUACCUUACUGUAAGAGUGCAGUAUAUAAUAUACCAUACAAAAUA